AUGCUCUUCUCAAUCUCGCCUUAACCACCAUUUCAAAUUCAUCAUCGAAAACAAACCACUUUUCAAGUCAUCAACAUGGUUGAUCACCCAAUCCUCUUUAGAUUCAAAAAUGAUAUCCACAUAAGAAUUAUGCCUUCCUAUGGCAUGAUUUCUCCCAACGAUAGAAAAUUGAUCUCCGUUACCAAUAAAACAAGCCAAUAUGACAUUGAUGUUUAACUAGAAGCCAUCAAUUACGUUGAAGACUAUCUUGAAAUGCUUGAGUAUUCCAACCCUCAAUUAUGGGUUGAAAAAUAACCCGGAGUAUUAGCCACUCAAACCCUCUCCAUCAGAAUGAACAUCAAUACGGAUUCCUCCAGCACCCAGCAAUCAGAUAAAAAACAAACUUUCGAAGAAGUUAUCAGAUAGGAAAAUCUGCAAACCUAAAGAUCUUAGCCUACUUUUAGUAGAUUCUAAGAGUAAAUCGUCCAUAAAAAUAGUCUCGAUGGCUAAGAAAGCAGAACAUCAAAUAUCUCCAAUAAUAACCCCAGCAUUAGUCCCAUACUCUAGGAUGCGAGCAGAAUAAGUGCCAAUAUGAGUAGGGAAGUAAAAUAACCCACCUUUUUUACAGAAGCUUACGAGAUUCCCCAAGAACCUAAUGAGCAAUUUCAAGAUAGAAUGGAUCCCGAACAAAGCUAUAAUAAUGAACCUUAUGCAUCUGGUAAUUUCAAAUGCAUUGAUGAGGAGAAGUCCAACCACGAAGUAUCAGGCAUUAGAUCCUAAACCUCUAUAAUAAAAAUCGAAUAGAAUUAAAUAAUAUCCUAACUUAAAUUCUCAAGCAAAUAGACUAAAUCAAGAUAAGCAAAGACUAAUUGA